AUGAAGGAGGAGCCCAUGUCAUCAAACAAGCGCAUUCAACUGCUUCGCGAGCGGCUCGAGUUGUACAACGCCACCAUCGCGGAGGCCAUGGGUGUUGUCACCGGUGUCGCAGGCACGGAGACAACUGCCGCCCCCGGCACCAACACCAACAACAAUGAUGCCAAGAAUAGCGGUCAUGCUUCGGAAUGGCAGAGGACGGAAAGAGAAGGCGGCAGGAGUGCUGCAGCGCCCCGUUUGGAGCGCAAUCUUUCAGCAGAGUUCAACGCGGCGCGUGCCACAGGAAGAGCGGCAGCAGCAUCAGGUGCUGAUAGUAGUAAUCGUAGCGAAGGUGGUGGUGGUGGUGCACGCCGAAUUGACAGGCGUACGGUGCCGCCACCACCAACCCCGCCAAAUGAGUCAAGGCGAGGGGACUUGCGUUCGUGUAGUACGAGUUCCGCCAGUCACGAUGACUCAACAUCAACUUACUCAUUCGAAAGCGGCGAGGAGGCGUUUCUGAAUCCGUUUCUUAAUGAGACAAUCUCUGUGGAGGAGAUUGCUGCAUCGGUGCGCAAGGUGCGGCGGACAGAAAUGGACUCCACCGCAAGGGCUGCGACAUCGGUGGCCGUGGGUGGCCGGCAGAAGAGCACUAGUCCUCAUGAGUCCAACCGCGAUAAGUCCACAGUUGACGAGGGGGACAACAAUGAGACAUCAUCUCUCCCGUUACCGCCUUCACCCCCAGAGGAGGCGAAAGACGAGACGAGAAACAGGAAGGAUACCACAACUGCAGAGGCAGCAUCGUGGUUUGCCGGACUCGAGACGGCAAACAACAAGUUAGCUGUGACAGAGCAGGCGAUCUUUAAAUUGCAACGGACCGUUGACAUUGAACAUUUUAAGCGAUCAUUACCGCAACGUCAACAGGCGCUUCAGCUUGCUGAGUCCCGUGACGAUCUAGUGAAGAAGGAGCAAGCACUGCGUCGUAGGGAGCCCACCGGCAAUAGCCUUGCCAUGAUAUACGAGGCUGACGCACUGGAUCUCGACCAGCAGCUGCAGCAACUUUUGGCCGAGUGCAAUGCCGCCAAGGCACUCUUUACACGCGUGCAUGAACGCAAGGCUGCUGUUGCGGAGAAGGAGCGUCUAUUGAAAAGGAAACUUGGUGAACUAGAGGAUCUGCAGCGCGAGGUGCGAGAGAAGCGGCAGGCGCUGACGACGUUGGAGAGGCGAAAUGAGCAACGCGAGGCCAUGCUGGCUGUGCGUGGGGAGGCCUACCGGAAGGACCUUGAGGCCCACAAGGCGCGGGAGCACUCCUUGCAGGAGAGGAUCAGUGGGGUGGAGGAGCUUAGUCAGAAGGUGGCGUCGUGGAUGAAGAUAUUGGAUGAGCGCGACACAAAAAUUGAGGCGAAGGAGCAGCGGCUGCGCCGCGUGCAAUCGGAUUUGGUUCGUCGAUCGGAGGAGUUGUUGUGUUACCGCAAUGGCCGAGCGAAGCCACCGUCGCGGAUGGCGUCUCGGCAGGCAAAUAGUCCAUAA